AUGACAAUUCCUAUUUUACCAGCAGAACUCAUUGGUGAAAUUCUCUCGAGGGCUUCCGGUGAAAUCCCUCUUGAAUUCAGAAAUGGAAUUAUAAAGAAUGUCCUAUUAAAUCUUUAUUUUAUUGACUCUGUUACUGUGGCUGUUGAAUUGGAUUUUCCCAUUGAAAACGGCAUUCAUGGGCUCUAUGUUAAGGGUUUUUGCAAUGGAUUGGUUUAUCUUGCCGAUAAUUACUUAGAUUAUUCUCGUUUAUGGAACCCAACUACUAGAAAGCACAAGAAUUUGCCUUUUUUUAGACCUAGAGUGAGAAAUCCCGGGCCCAUACUUGGUUUUGGAUAUGAUGAGCUCCAUGAUGAUUAUAAGGUAGUGAUUAUUGAUUAUAAUUAUAGUAUUUUCAGUAGAGAUGACAUUGAGGUAAAAGUAUAUAGUCUAAAGAGUGUUUCUUGGACUAAUGUUGAUUAUUGUAUUUGUGAUGAGGACACAUUCCUUGUCAAAAAAAGUUCUGGUUAUUGCGGGGAGACAUUAAUUGAUAAUGGUUCUUUUGUGGAUGGGAAGCUUCAUUGGAGUACUUCUUCUUCUAUUCCUGGUCCUGAUCCUAAUGUGAAUAAAGGCAAGUACAUUAUUGCUUUUGAUUUAGCUAAUGAGAACUGGGAAAAGGUGGAGAAGCCCUCCUUUGGAGAAGGAGAGCGAUUACAAGACAACUCAUAUAGGUGCUUGGGUUAUGAAAGAGUAUGGGGUUAA